AUGCCACUGCUGCCACAGUCAGUGGAGGCAGAGCACUUUGACGGACUAUCCCUGCUUUACUGGACCAUCAUGGGACCCCAUGGCAUCAACCGUGCUGUGCAGAGACUGGAGUUUUCUGACUGCAGAAAAGGACUCGGGGUCAAGAUCAUUGGAGGUUACAGAGAGCUAAGUGGUGAAGAGUUUGGAAUUUUCAUUAAACGGGUCUUACCUGGUGGUGUGGCUGCACAGGACGGACGUCUUAGAGCUGGUGACCUCAUUUUAGAUGUCAACAACAUGAAUUUAGGGGGUGUCACAAAUGAAAGGGCGGUGGAGAUUCUGCGCAUGGCAUCGGCCACAAACCACAUGUCUCUUCUGAUUGCUCGGGAUGAGGAGUCCAGGAGAGAGUUUGCUGAACUCAUGGAGAAAUAUGGGUCCAACAGCAAUACAAGUUCAGGCACCGGCAGGACAUCUCCUACUCCUGUCUCCACAGGUAAGCUGACUGACACUGCUUCAUCAUCCUCAUCCUCAAGAUCGACAAGCCCUCAAGUCUUAAGCCCUAAAGACUGCAGCACAGCCUCAAUAGCUCCACAGGUUUGCAGUGACUGCAUGAUUCAGUUGAUAUGUGUUGCCAAGGGAACAGGCUUGGGUCUGGUCAUCAAGGGUGGAGCAAACCGUGCAGAGGGGCCAAUGGUGUUUAUUCAGGAAAUAGUGCCUGGAGGAGACUGCCAAAGAGAUGGAAGACUAAAGGUAGGAGAUCAGCUCAUAUCUAUCAAUAAAGAGUCUUUUAUCGGAGUAACGCAUGAGGAGGCCAAAAGCAUACUAACUCGAACAAAGCUCAGAACUGACCCCACGGUGGAGAUAGCGUUUAUUAGACGGCGGUCUUCCUCUGACUCCAGCAGUGGCCCCCAUAGCCCUAUCUCUCUGCAGCCCCCAUGUAGCACGGCCCCCCAGCUCAGACCCCUUGGCCUGGGGGGAGUACCUUUGCCUGGGGGGAUUGUUCCCAAGAUAUCUCCUACCCCCAAUUCUGGUUGUGAGACAUUACCUUCUGUCAAACUGACUCAAGUACGAACAGUACCAGUGAAGCCAGAGCUCCCUUCUCUCACUACCCCUGAGAGUGCCUGCACCACAUUGGACAAUUCUGAUGCCGCUGCUGCCUGUAAGCCCAGCACCACUCCCACAGCUGCCCAGUCGAGGCCACCGUCACUCAGCUCUAGCUGUCGAGUCAAACUGGAGAGGCUGGAACAGGCUUUAGAGGUGUUGGGGCUAAAACCAACUGAGUCUCAGCUCCAGAUAUUGAGAGAGAGGCUCCGUGUGGACCCUGGUGGGACAGUGGCCUAUGGAGAUUUUGAGACCUUGACAAAAGAGCUCUUCAAGUUGACAGAUGAGUCAAAGCUGGGCCAGGAAGUAGCCAGAUUCACGUCUGAUGAUCUCACUGACUCUUCAUCAAACCCUCUGGCAUCAACAUCUGAUUCUGAAGACCUUGAUGAGAUGGAGAGAUUAAGAAAAGAUCACAUUGAAGCCUUAAGGGAGAUAAAGAGACUGCAGGAUAAGCUGGCUGAGUCUGAAAGCCUUUGUCAUCAAAUGCAGCAAGAGCUGACUAAAGUCAAACAGGAAGCAAAAGCCGCGGUGGAUGAGAGCAGAGCUCUGCAGGCGCAGAUCCACCUGGCUGAGGCUGCUCAGAAGCAGGCGCGGGGAAUGGAGAUGGACUACGAAGAGGUCAUCCACCUUUUGGAGGAAGAGAUAGCAGAGAUGAAGUCUCAGAGAAAUGAAAAGCUUGGCCAGCCCAAGGAGGAGCAAGAAUUGAAGAAGAGGAUUGCUUUGCUUGAGUGUCAGUUACGAAAGAGCGAAGCUGCAAAGAAAGGCUUUGAGGUUUCUACUGGCAAACUUCUGCGCUUUGUUGAGGUCAUCCAAGACUUCCUAAUUGAGCACCAAGGAUCUUUACGGACUCAUAGUUCCCAGAGUGAGCCAAAGCUGGCUGCUCUGUCUCAAGCUCUGGCUUCACGAGGUGGGAAGAAAAUGUCCAGGACAGCCUCAACGCUUGCCUUGGAAGCCAAAGAGCUCACUCGCACUGUUAGAGCCAUUUUGGAAGUGGACUGCUUACCCUAUGGCUGGGAUGAAGCUUAUACUGCAGAUGGUGUCAAAUACUACAUCAAUCAUGUGACUCAGACGACAUCAUGGACUCACCCUGUGAUGAACUCUUUGGGUCUUUCGGAACCAGAAGCAAAUGACCAAGCCCAGAACACUCCAGAGGCAAAGGGCUAAAUCACACAUCAUCACAGAAUUGGCUUUGCCUGCUCACUUCUCACUUUUCCGUGAAGAUCAUGUGUUUUAGAUACUAAACAAUUGCACUGAAUACAACUGAAUUCAACUUCACAGGUAGAAUAAUUUCAGCACUGAUUAAUAUUUCAUGCUCAGCAGGCCUCUCUGACAGGUAUUUGACAGGGCUUGGUUUUCAUUUCAGUGUGGAUAAGCUUGGGGUAUAAUCACUAUUUCUUGAAGUAUCUAAAAGUGACUAGUAUUAUUAGCAGCCUCAUUCAAAAAUUGCCAAAACAGCAGCAUGGUCAUCCUAGGGCUUCCUCUGACCCAUCCAGACCAAACCAUGGUAAAUUUACAUAUGAAAAUGAUCGAGUGGGUGUGUCAGGUCUCGUCGCCUUAGGCUGACAACAGGUGUUGUUCAGAAUCUCUGUUUUCGCAGUUUCAAAAACUGACCUACAAUAUGCAGCAGUUUCUAUUAGAGGCUUUUUUGCUAAGUCACUGAUUUUAUAUCUGCUGACCACAUACACCAAUCAGCCAUAACAUUAAAACCACCUCCUUGUUUCUACACUCACUGCCAGUUUUGUUCUUCACUGUGUCAAGUCAUGGUCCACUCUAUUAGAUACCCCUACCUUGUUGGUCCACCUUGUAGAUGUAAAAGCUCAUCUGUUGCUAAACAGUUUGUGUUGGUCAUCCUCUAGUCCUUCAUCAGUGGUCACAGGACGCUGCCCACAGGACAAUGUUGGCUGGUUGGUGGACCGAUCUCAGUCCAGCAGAGACACUGAGGUGUUUGAAAACUCCAGCAGCAUUGCUGUCGCUGAUCCACUCGUACCACUCAUCUAACAAA